AAGCCAGCGUGUAUUAUGUUAAUCAGCGAGCAGCUCAGAGCCGGGGGAGCAGGGGAUCAGGGGAUGGGAGAGUUCUCCUGACUCCCAGAGCAGGUCGCUCCUGGAUCACAUUCAAGUCCUUUGUCGUCCCCACACCAUCUGCAGCGAAGUGUAACGGGGAGUCCGAAGGACAGGAUUAGAACCGAAGCAGAGAGCGAACAGCAGCCCCCUUCUCACCCCUCAGCCCGAGCGAUCUGGGAUUAAUCCGUACACAGGUUCUCAGGAGGGAGUUCCUGCUGCUCUUUGGAUUCGCCGCCAGAAAUGAGGAGCUCUUAACAAAAUCCGCCCAGUCUGCACUGCAUUGGAAUCAUGGGGCCCACAGUGCCUUUCCUCCUCCUGUUGCUGGGGAUGAACGUCAGUCCAUCGGGAGCACAGGUGAAUCUUGAGCGCUGCCGGUUUGCACUGGGCAUGCAGGACUCCGUCAUCCCCGAUGAAGACAUCGUUGCUUCCAGCAUGUGGUCCGACUCGACAGCAGCAAAGCAUGGCAGGUUGGGCACAGAGCACGGCGAUGGGGCCUGGUGCCCGGCCAAGUCCGUGUUUCGCCAGAGUACUGAGUUCCUGCAGAUUGACCUCCGCAAGCUCUACUUCAUCACCCUGGUGGGCACGCAGGGCCGCCAUUCCAACGGGCAUGGCAAUGAGUAUGCUCGAUUCUAUGGGCUGCAGUACAGCCGGCACGGCAAGAGGUGGAUGACCUGGAAGGAUCGGAGGGGAGUAGAGAUUAUCAAAGGAAAUGUAAAUCCCUAUGAUAUUGUGCUGAAGGACCUGGGCCCCCCGAUCAUUGCCCGCUACGUGCGGUUUUACCCAAUGGCGGACCGUAUAAUGAGUGUGUGCAUGAGGGUGGAGCUGUACGGCUGCCCCUGGCUGGAUGGUUUGAAGUCGUACAGAAUUCCUAUGGGCCAGACAAUGAAUGUAUCAGGCCUGCCCUUGGUGUACCUUAAUGACUCCACUUACGACGGACACCGAAUUUCAAGCAUACAAUACGGGGGACUGGGCCAGCUUACAGACGGGGUCCUGGGCGUGGACGACUUCACCAAGAGCCACGAGCUGUGGGUCCAUCCUGGCUAUGACUACGUGGGCUGGCACAACAGCACCAUGAGCAGCGGAUUCGUGGAGAUCGAGUUCGAGUUCGAGCAGGUCUUCGUGUUCAGCUCCAUGAAGGUCCAUUGCAAUAACAUGUUCUCCAGGCAGGUGAAGAUUUUUAAAUCGGUGGAUUGCUACUUCAAAACGAGCUCCUCUGUUCCCUGGGAGCCCGAGCACGUCAGCACCACGAUGGUCCUGGACAAUAAAAACCCCAGCGCCCGUUACGUCACGGUGCCACUGAAUCACCGGGCCGCUCAGACCAUACGCUGCCACUUUCACUUUGCUGACUCGUGGAUGAUGUUCAGCGAGAUUACCUUCCAAUCAGGUGUCAGUCCCACCACCCCCCUCGUCCCCGGCCUACAGCCUCGAGCUCCCGCCCCACGGCAAAGAGAGACCCUCGUUCCUCCAGCAGGAACGGCAACUGCCGGUUAUCAGCUCACGGAGGCCAUAACGCCAACCAUCAGUAACCUAGAUCUUGAGUCGUCUGUCUACCUCUCCCCAAACGCUGGCCGGCCUGUCCCCAAGGCCGACAGCAGCAAUACCGCCAUCCUGAUUGGCUGCCUCGUGGCCAUCAUCCUCCUCCUGCUGAUUGUCAUCUUCAUCAUCCUCUGGAGGCAAUACUGGAAGAAGAUCCUUGGCAAGGCACAACGCAGGAUCUUGGACGAUGACCUCACCGUCCGGCUCUCCGUGCCCGGUGACACAAUCGUCAUCAACAACACGCAGCCCAGCGCCUCUGCAAACCACCAUUCCAACCUGUACGAGCGCAUCAGCUCGAGUGACCUUGAGUACCAGGAGCCCAACCGACUUCGUAUGAAGCUUCCUGACCUGCCGCAAGGGGCUGAGAACUCAGCUCUUCUGUUAAACAACCCAGCCUAUCACCUUAUACUCUCUGCAAACCGUCACCUGGUUGGAGGCCCUGGCUGCACUUUGGACCAGGUUAAGCCAAUCAACACUGAUGCAUGCAAUGGAGAGUACGCGGAGCCUGAUCUCACCAAGGUGGCCUUCCAAACGGGAUUCCAGAACAGCGUGCCACACUAUGCCGAGGCAGACAUCAUCAACCUCCAGGGAGUAACAGGGAAUAACACCUACGCUGUACCCGCCAUCACCAUCGACGCGCUGGCCGGGAAGGAUAUCGCCGUCGGCGAGUUUCCACGGCAACGACUCAUUUUCCGAGAGAAACUGGGGGAGGGGCAGUUUGGAGAGGUUCACCUGUGUGAAGUGGAUAGUCCUCAGGAUUUGGAGAGCCUGGGAUUCCCCCUCAACAUCCGCAAAGGGCGCCCCCUGAUGGUGGCAGUGAAAAUGCUGCGCUCGGAUGCCACUAAGAAUGCCAGGAACGACUUCCUAAAGGAGGUGAAGAUCAUGUCGCGGCUCAAGGAUCCCAACAUUAUUCGCUUGCUGGGUGUGUGCGUACGUGAUGAUCCGCUCUGCAUGAUUACAGAGUAUAUGGAGAAUGGAGACCUCAACCAGUUCCUAGCCAGUCAUGAGCUGGAGGAAAAGAUUGCUGGUGCAAGUGACGUGCCGAACAUCAGUUACCCCAGUCUGGUGUACCUGGCCAGUCAGAUAGCCUCGGGCAUGAAGUACCUUGCCUCGAUGAACUUUGUGCACCGUGACCUUGCAACCCGCAACUGCCUGGUCGGUGAGAACUACACCAUCAAGAUCGCCGACUUCGGGAUGAGCCGGAACCUGUACGCGGGAGAUUACUACCGGAUCCAGGGGAGGGCCGUGCUCCCCAUUCGCUGGAUGGCUUGGGAAAGCAUCCUGCUGGGAAAAUUCACCACUGGCAGCGACGUCUGGGCAUUUGGCGUCACCUUGUGGGAGAUCCUAAUGCUGUGUAAGGAACAGCCCUACUACCACCUAACAGACGAACUGGUCAUUGAGAACGCUGGCGAGUUCUUCAGGGAGCAGGGCAAACAGGUCUACCUCCCCUGCCCGCCGAUUUGCCCUCAAGCUCUCUACAACGUUAUGGUCCGUUGCUGGUGCCGGGAUUCGAAAGAUCGACCGAUGUUUCAGCAGAUCCACCAAUUCCUAACGGAGGACGCAACGAAUAUGGUGUAGGGGGACUUCUGAUGGGUGCCGAGAGAGACAAUCCCUGAGACGACCAAGUUGAAAAGACGAUCAUGGAGAAAGAGGGUCUUUCGGUUGGGGGGUGGGGGCCAGCAAUGCUUCUAGAAUUUUCUUCUGGGGGCUGGGGGAGGAGAAAGCCUCUGGCGUUUGCAGGUCACUUUUCUUUAGUUCUGACAUAGCCAUCCGAACGGAACUUGAGCGAAACUCAAUCCUAUGCACUUAGCCUCAUCACAAUUCAUGUUGCUUCCCAGAGUCGACUUAUAGAUUCCAGGACUGCUGAUACAUCUGCCAGGAUCUGCUGUUUUAACCCCUCUCCCUACUCCCGCUGACCUAGCGAUAAUCUGCUAAAUUAAGCUCGGGAGACAGUUUUCUCCAGCUAUAGCCUGGGGAAGGCAGGGUAAAUGCCUGCUGAGGAAUUAUCGCAACUGGCGAUCCCGCCUUCUUGGGGAAACACUGGAAUUUGAAACUUUAGGACGGGCGAGAAUGUUCCACGACAUCUCUCUCCUUGCAGCUCGUCAUGCUUUUCAUCUCGACUUCACACCGGUUUAAGGCGUGGUCCUUGGUGGAACGAUUUUUUUUGCACCGCCAUCUUGCCUUUCUCGAGCCUUGAACACGUUGUAUUACUGUGACUCCGAAUUUUUUUUUUUGACUACUACAGUACAAGUGACCGUUAGAGAAAAUACGGAUACAUGGCAUAGAGAGAAAAUGUGUGCCAGCAGCACGUGUUGUGUGUGUGUGUGCGUGUGUGUGUAUGUUAACGGGCAGAGAAAACAAGGCAGAAUGGGACACAUUGUCCAAACAUUCAAACUCAAUGCAUAGGAGAUCAAGAGUAUGUGCGCCCGUGUAUCAGAAUGAGAGAGAAAAUUACUGUUAUAUGUUUACUACGAUCACAAGCGGAAAAAUAAUUGGAUUGUAGGUGCAGCUCUGUCAAGCAUUAUCUGCUUUGCGAGCCCAGUUUAACUAGAAAUGUAACUACUGAAGUACAGAUUUCCCCCACCCAGCCCCCAUGGAGACCACCAGGAUGGGUUUCUGUUGGGUUACGGAAUACAUGCAACAUUGGUUUCCCUAUCUGGGCCAAUGCUGGACUACUGUAAAAUGACUUGACCGCCACCCCAUAAUGAGGACAGGUUCAAGACCCUGGAGUUUGCUGUUAAAAAGAUGGGCAAUUCUCUAAUCAGUGACUCUUCAAUCAUCAGAUUACGAUGGGGCUCACUAUUAAGCAUUGAAAGGCAGUAGUACAAAUUGGUGGAGGAACUUUUCGAAUGGCUGUUGUAUAAUAGUCGAAGCUCCAGCCACUGCUUUGGGCACAGUUUCAUUUGUUGUACACAAAAUGAACCGGCUGGUGAUUUAUUUUCUUAGCAUUUAUGUAGUUACUGCUCUUGGUGCGGAAGACACAGGCAUGAAUUUGGGCAAGUAACCUUGUGGUAAAGUGCCAAACUCAAAUAGCCAGUAGACUGCGUGAUAAUUGAUUCGGGAGCUGGAAAAACUGGUAGACUGUUAUAGGCCUGGCCCAUUAAUUCGAGGUUGCCUUCAACAGGAGGAGCCCUGACAAUAUCAAUGAGAGCUACCAAACUACUGAGAGGGCUGGCUCCAAUGUUGAAAGCAUCCAACCAGUUACUAGAUGUAGACUAACUACUGAUCAAACAUCUGACUACUAAAUAUAAAGAUGACCGCAGAGUUUAAAUUGCAAAUUGUACGUAGCAUUGUUUCCAUUAUUCCAGUGCUUCAUUGUCAAGCUAUCCCAAUCCCUUUAGCCUUUUCUUGCUGUUAAGCCAGGCCUGAAAACAUGAUUGGCAGUCUGAAGUAAAACAAAACACUGGCUGCCGUCUCCAAUCUCAUGGGCCGUUUCUUGAAGUGGGCAGCUGGUUUAACUGGAGUGGGGAGGGAUUUAGGAAUCCACAGGAUCGGGUGCCCCCCUGGUUUUAUGAUCCACUCAAUUUUAGUCCCCACUGAAGGUGACAGAGAUUCGUGGGUUUCCCCUGUGGCAACUCAGGUUAAAAUUAUCAUUCAUCACAUUAGGUUGAAGGUUACACUGAAAUGCAAUUUUCCGACUUGCAGUUUGAAUUGCUGGCUGCGGCUCUGUUUCUUUUCUCCUAAGUGAUAAGAGCACUUCACUGUUCCUUCUGCUUUCUCACGCUGUUUACCAUUCAGAGUUGUAUAGACUUACUUCGAGUCGCACAGAAACAGGCCAUUCAGUCCAAUUGGUCCAUGCUCCCCCGAUAGUCCACACGAAACUCCUCCAACCAUUCUUCAUCUCACCCUAUUGGCAUAACAUUCAAUUCCUUUCUGCUUCCUGUGCUUGUCUAGCUUUGCCUUAUUCCCAUUAAUUACAACCUAUGGGCUAGGAACAACAUUAGGGUAUAUGCUCGUGUUGGGAUUCCUCCUCUCCCCACUAUUUCAAUGGUGACGUGAGCUCAUUUAUUUCAGUGUGGCCAGCAAUAUUUUGCAGUCUUCCCUCUGCUUCGCUGUGGGCUAGACCAACCAUUGAUCUCAUUGGUAUCAUUGAGUUGAAGACUUAAAUACCUCCACAUGCAUAUGUAUACAUAAUUGGAUAAGAUGUCUCCUGUUGUUCUUUUUGUCACAAAAAGUGAUGCUACCUGAGGAGAAUAACUUUCAAAAUGGACACCAGGCAAAAGGGGAAAACUAAAGACUAAUUAAAAAUCUGUUCAUUGUAUCCGACACAUUGCAAGAGGCAGAUAUUACUCGUGCCUUCUUGCAAGAUGGGGGAGCCUAUCAAAUAAGUACACACACUAUAAGACACACAGACGCCUGCAGCACAGUUUUAGUGUGCAAUAAUGUAGUAGUUAUGUUACUGGAUUAGUAGUCCAGAGACUGACUGGAUUAAUAAUUCAGAGACGGGAGUUCAGAUCACGCUGUGGCAGUUUGUGAUUUUGAAUUCAGUUAAUUAAAUAUAUCUGGAGUAAAACGUUAGGAUCAGCAAUGGUGGCCAUGAAAUUAUCGGAUUGUCGUAAAAUCCCGUCCGGUUGACUCGUGCCCUUUGGGGAAGGGAAUCUGCCGUCCAUAUCUGGCCUGGCCUCCAUGUGACUCCAGACCCACAGCAAUGUGGUUGACUUUUAACUGCCCCCUGUAAUGGGCUAGCAAGUCACUCAUUCAUCAACUUUUCAAGGGCAAAUAGGGAUAAGCAAUAAAAGGGUUGCAUCGCCAGUGCUCUCCACAUCCCUUGAAUGAAUAAAUAAAAAGCGACCAUUCUGCCCAUCAUGUUUUUGCUGGCUCGUGGAGCAAUUUAAAACCUCUCUGUCAUGCCUGCCUGCCAAUGGUCUUGUAUCUUUGUCUGCUGCAGGACUUUCUGCAUUGGUGCGGAUAAGCAACCAGCCAAUGUCAAUGUGGGGAAUUGAAGAUGAUGCACAAUUACUUUUGAGAGUUUCCCUCAUCCUAAGCCCUUAGUUCAGAUAAUAUUUUACAAAAGCGACUAUUUACCUUAAGGCAACUCCAGGUAUCUGACAGGAAGCAAUCUUAACCAAAUGGGAAACCGAGGGAAUUAGGUCAACAACACCCCCAUCCCACUUGAAGAUCCAUAAACUAGGCUUUUAUGCUGGGAUAUAGCAGGUAAAGGGGAAAUUUGAGUAAGGAUUUUAGAAUUUUGAAAAGAAUAGACAGGGUAGAUUGAGAGAGUUUUUUCAGUGGUGGGGGAGUCCAGGACAAGGCGACAUAGCCUUAAAGUCAGAGCUAGACCAUUCAGGAGAGAAGGCAGGAAACACUUCUCAGUUAAUUAUUUAACAUCUGCAGUCACUAGAUUUUUGCUAGCCAAGGUGAAUGGAGCCAAGGAAGGUAGAUAGAGUCAAGACGCAUGUCAGUUAUGAUCUCACUGAAUGGCAGAACAGGCUCGGGAGGGAAGGUGCUAAAUGGCCUCCUCCUGUUCCUACAUUCCCCUGUGCUUUUUUUUUAAUUUUCCUUUACAUUUGCCUCAGUGGAAAAUAAAAUGGGGCGGAUUAGAGAAAGGGAGGCUGACGCUUGCUUAAAAUUGUCCUUAUGGAAACCACUGGUACAAGGUAUUGGUUGGGAGAUACUUAAAACCCUGUUCUUGGGCAGGACUUCUGCUGCUUUGUGAAUACUGAUUCCUUCACCACCUUUCAUGAGUAAAUGCAGUGCUUUAAAUACUUUGCCCUGUUUGUGUAACAGUUAUCGUUUCUAAAGUUUUAGACCUUCAAUACUGCCAGGUUGUAUUGAACUAUCUAUGAACUCAACUACUGAUCAAAUUAAACCUUAGAUAUUUGACCUUAGACAUUUGACCUGGAAGAUAGGAACUUGGUGGAAGUGUUCUUAAAUCAUGUAAAGAGUAGCUGGUAAUCCGGAUGUUAAAAGUUAUUGACGGUGAGUAAAUAUUUGUGUAGCGUAGAUGUUUAACAGAUGUUGGUUAUUGUGAGAUGUUGAUGGAGAAUUUUUUUCCCCUUAAUCCUUUUGUCUUACGCUGGAUUCAAACUGUUUUGUUGAGGAUGUGUACAUAUUUUACAAAGAGAUUUUUAUGGUAAUAUAUAUGAAAUCACUUUGGAGCUUCUCUGUAGGUCCUACUCAUGCUUGCAUUUUUUUUAGACGUUUGUAAUAAAGUCUCCUUUGACUAUUGAAAAUAAAAGAUGCUUGGAGAUUG